AUUUGUCUGUGUAUACCUAAUAUACCUACUAGGUACUUUAUAUUUCAUAUACACACGUUGCUUCUCAUCGCUUUAUAAAUAUAUAUAUAAUAUAGCUACAAAACAUAUUUACGUUAUACUAAAUAUAAAUGGUGAAUAAUGUAUAGUGUUCUGUGAAAGCGCUGUAUCGUUUAUCAGUUAUAACUUGAUUGGUGUCCGAAUGAAGUGCUUCAAGUGUGGAAGCUUCAAGGGCCUAGUGCUAAUAACGCGUUAUCUAAUGAUGAUUGGUGUCUAACAUCGGGUCGGUACGUCGUUAUGUAGGCGGUGGUAGUGGCAACACGUGAAUGGAUGGGCACAGGAUCGAUAGAGCGGAGUGCGCAGGUCCGCUUCUAUGUUUCACAGCUGGUGGCUUCUGCGUCCGCCAACAAAACGCCUCAACCUGUGUCUCAGUGCCUAUUGUGAGGAACCUAAGUGCUCUGCAUUGUCACGGAUAUGCUCAGAAAUUAGCGGCUACUCUAAACGAUGUGAUGUGCCGCCUCUCAUGGCGGCAGGCUUUGUGGGCGCUGGCGCUGCUGUGCACGCUGGCGCCCUCGCAUGCCGAUGGGAACAUAGGUUGCUUAUUUAGCGCGUCGUUAUGCGUAGAAGGUGUGGAAUGGUGCUACGACGACUUUGCGUUUGGGAAGUGCAUACUUAUUUAUGACGAAGAACCAGAAGACGGCUCUCUCUACAAGUAUGAUCUGAGCUCGGAACAACUCCAGUGGUUCGAGGGUGAGCUGCAGCGGCUGGCGGCGCGCGGCUACCGCUGGGAGCACGCUUACACCCAGUGCGUGCUACAGGCAAUGUUGUACACGCUGCGACAAGAAAUAGAUCCAGCUGAAGUCAAUACGAAAUUAUGUGAACAGUUCGCUGACCCCAAACUAAAUUCCGAUCAAUUCGAAGUAGGAGAAGAUAAUGAGGAAGAGAUUGAGCCUGAUGAAACAGCAUUUGUUCGUUUCACACCGAAUUCAGCGCUAUCCGACUCUGACUUUGCUAAUGAAGUUUACAAUCCGCCGUUUACUGCUGAUGAUGACCCAACUCCUUAUAUAAUAUCCAAAGAUGAUGAUGAGUUACCAUCAAAUGAUGAUGAAACCCCAAGCGACAAGUUACGAGACUUAAUGAUGCUGACCACUAAUCAAGAGUCUCCGAUUAUUCUGCCUUUUGAAGGAUUUCGGGAACGUAUUCAGGCCGAAAAAGCUGGAACACAAGACGCUGGAGGUAUCCCAAACGUAAUGAUUGACAAAGAAAAGAAAUCUCUUCCAGAAGAUAUAACACGACAGAAUGAACCCAAUGCUUUUCCGGACGAAGAACGUUUAGGUGUCCAUUUUAGGAAAUACAAAACCAAAGCUCCUCCUUACACAGCUGAAUAUAUAACAGAAAAUAGAUUUUCCCCUCUCGAUGCUGAGGUUCGUUCGAAUGCUUUAGAAAAAUACAAACAGAGUUUUGCGGAGAAAAAUUUUCCUUUUGAAUAUGAAAACAGUGAUAUUCCGGAACAAAGAAUUUAUAUAGAUGAAGAUGGAUUAGAAGAAAGUCCAUUUGAUACAGGCAGUGGUGAAUCUGAUCCUUAUCAUCUAAAAGAUCAAAAUUCAUUAGCACCUAAACCAUCAAAGAAUAUGGAAUAUCUAAUGAACUAUUGGCGCGAAAUAGUCGAUUCAAAAUUAAAACCCCAAGGAGCUUUGUAUGCAGAGGGAGGUCCAUUGAAAGCUGACGAUUUACAGGGUGAAAAUUCCAAAUUUUAUCCCGAAGGAUUUCAAGAUUUACUUAAUAAUGACUGGGGCUUUAAACGUAGGGAAAGAGAUGAUGUUAAAAAGCCCGGGCCGCGCCUGGACGCGAAAACAUUAAAGAUUUUAUACCACAAUAAUUCAGUGACAGCUCACGGAUCUGCUAAUGCACAAAAACCAGGAAACAAUGUAGACCACGAUCACAAUGACUACGACUACGAUCCAUCUUAUGCAUAUGUGCUCUUUAAAAAUAGAUUUCUCACUAAUUGGGAAAAAGGUAUCUCAUUCAUUGCACGACUUGAGGAGAUGCUUGGUUUAGAGAAGCAUACAUUUACGAAUCCACGCGUUGAUCUUGGAGAGGUCACAUUCAAAGUGGAAAAAAAUAGUAAAGGAUACAAUGCUGAAGAUAUUGCACGACGUGUUGAUGACAUUAAAGAAGAACUGCGUCGUGAAACCGGUGCACAAGUUCUUUCCACCGGUGUUGGAGAUCGUAGCAAACGUCCCGUCAUUAGACAUAUAGAGUCACCAGAGACGCUCUUCUUAGGUAUCGAUCUACCAUUAUUGCUAGCCCUGAUGGGAAGUCUCUCUGUUCUCAUUGUGGCCGCCAUCGUAUUUACUGUCAUGCUGAAAUAUGAUUUUAAAUCCAAAAGGAAGAUGCAGGGGCUCUCAGGUGCGGCAGAAAUUGAUGCUGAGGCAACCAGAGACUAUCAGGAAUUAUGUCGCGCUCGCAUGUCUGGCAAGUGGACGGGACAGCAGACAACCACCCCAGCCCCAAACCCUGCGGAGGCGCCGCAGCGUAUCACCUCCUUAUCUCGAGAAGCUGAUGUGAACUCGCCCUCCACGCGUUCCAGCACAUCUUCAUGGAGUGAAGAACCUGCGCUUACUAACAUGGAUAUAUCUACUGGACAUAUGGUUUUGGCGUAUAUGGAAGAUCACCUACGCAAUAAAGACCGUCUUGAACAAGAGUGGCGCGCUCUAUGCGCAUACGAGGCCGAACCAUGCGCUACCACCGCCGCAUUGAAGUCGGAGAACACUGGCAAGAACCGGUAUGCCGAUGUGCUGCCCUACGAUCACUCCAGGGUGGCCCUCAAUACGCUGUCCAACCACCUCGGAUCCGACUACAUUAAUGCCUCAACCAUUACUGAUCACGACCCACGGAACCCCGCAUACAUAGCGGCUGCAGGCCCGCUGGCGCACACUGCACCGGACUUCUGGCAGAUGGUGUGGGAGCAAGGCAGCGUGGUGAUGGUAAUGCUGACACGCCUUACCGAAAAUGGUCAACAGCUCUGCCAUCGCUAUUGGCCGGAGGAAGGCUCAGAACUCUAUCAUAUAUACGAGGUACACUUGGUAAGCGAGCACAUCUGGUGCGACGACUACCUCGUUCGCAGCUUCUACCUAAAGAACCAACGAACCGGCGAGACCCGCACCGUCACCCAAUUCCACUUCUUGUCCUGGCCCGAAAAUGGUGUGCCCGCUUCUACGAAAGCUCUUCUUGAAUUUAGGAGGAAAGUGAAUAAGUCCUACAGAGGAAGGUCUUGCCCGAUCGUUGUUCACUGCAGUGACGGCGCCGGACGUUCUGGGACGUAUUGCCUAAUAGAUAUGGUCCUGAAUCGAAUGGCAAAAGGUGCCAAAGAGAUCGACAUCGCCGCCACCCUGGAACACAUCCGAGACCAGCGACCCCGAACUGUGGCAACCAAACAACAAUUUGAAUUCGUCCUAAUGGCUGUGGCUGAAGAGGUUCACGCUAUACUAAAGGCUCUACCAGCCCAUUUGCAACAGCUUCAAGAAAAGAAGGACAAGGAAAAAGAAAAGGAAAAAGACGGCAACAACAAGGAAAAACCGAACAAUUAAAUUUGCACCUCCUGUACUAGCAGGAGAAACACAUGAAAUUCUGACGGCUUACGGAUUCCUCGAUGUCUGUGUAUCUGCGUGUCAGGUUGAGAAUUUCGCUUUAUUGUGUUAAUAUAUUAAGGUGACACUUAUUGCAAAUUAGCUUAUUUAAUUACCUAAACUAAAGCCGAUUCUCAACCUUGUCAAUUUUAUGAAUGUUCUUUUCUUUUAUUUUUAAUUCUAGAUAUAAUAUACGUAUUUAUUUUAUAACACAUUUUAUAACGGUUUGUAAAAAAAACUAUGUACCAUGAAUAUAAAAUGGCCAGAAAAAUAUAUAAAAUAAAUUUCAGGGGAGAUUCAGAAGUUUCUGAGCCUUAGCAUCUACAAAUUACUACGUUUUGUACUUAGUUCAAUAUGUGCUACAAUAAAGUAAAUAAAUAUAUUUCCCCCUUUUUAAAGCGCUGCCUGAUAAAAAAACGUUACACUAGCAAGGCAUUAAGUUACACAGCUUUUAAUGGUAGAAAUAGAAAUGAAGGACUGCACUUUCCAUUGUACAAAGUAUAAGAUGCUUAGAGAUUUAGCUACCUUAUACUUUCUUAAAAAGCACAGUAGGUUCUGUGCUUAUCCGUUAUGACAUAUAUUUAAAAACAUAAUGAGUGUUUUCUUUACAAUUGAAAAACUGAAAUCGUUAAUAUUUCCUUAUUUUAGCUUUUAUCAUAUAGUUAAAAAAUAUACCAUCGUCAAUUGAUAAGGUGUCUAAUACAACAUUUUAUUUCACUUUAGCUAUUACAAGUCGAAAUCACGUUUUCGUGUAUAUUGAUGGGUAUAAAAAUCCGAAUCAAUUUUAUAAACCUACUUUCAUGUGUCCCUUUCAGUAAAAUACCUUUAACAAGUUGAGCCCAAGGUUACUGUACCAACUUUAAAUAUGUAUGACGAUAGAAUAAUAAUUUUGUAGUUCGCACUGUAGUACCUACAUGAAGCAACAUAUUUUUUUAGCAUGGAAUAAUACAAAUAUAAACACAGUUAAAUAAUCGCCUACUGAAAUUCGUAAACACGUUAUAUUUAUAUUUCUAGAUUUUACAUGAAUUUGUAUUUUAUUUAUUAUAAUUCAUAGGUCACCAAAAAUUGUUAUUGUAAGUUUAAAAGAAUCGUAUUCUUAUGUUUAUGAAAGUAUAUUGACAUUAAAUGGGCAUAUUCUAAAUAUUUAAAUAAAAUGUUAUAUUUAUUCAUAGCGGUAAUAUCAACUGGCCUUUGUCUUUAAAAAUGUUAGGGAGUGUUGCGACCAAAGAUAAUACCACAUUUUGAUUUCAUAAAGUCAAAUAUAUUUAUAGUUACCUAUGUAGGUACUUAAUUAUAUUUAUUAGAUUUGUUAUUGUGCAUAUAAUGCAUAGGUAUAUCUGUAAGUAUGUUGAUCUAGUCAAUACCUACUACGUUAGUUUUAUCCAUAAAUUUUAUCUUUAGUUUUGUUAUGCGUGUACCUACUUAAGUAACAUCUAACGUAUUUAUAUUUUUAAGUGUGAAAUAUUACACGUAACUAAUAUUCUACAUAUAUAAUAUCUUAUAUGGAAUCCAUGCUUAUAUCCAAGUGUCUACCUACAUGUCUAAAACUGACACAAAUAAUAUCUUUACACAGUCAUAUCCUGAGUAACCGGAAUACCUGAUAAAUUGAUAAUUGGAAUAAAUAAAACAAAUUAUUUACAGAAAUAAAACAAUAGACUUACUUAUAAAAAAAUGAAAUUUGUAUAAGAUUAUAUUUAUUGCAUAUUAAGGGAAAAUGUAAAAAAAAAAUAACUUACCCACGAAAUUAUGAAUGUAGUUUAGAAUUAAGAGAAAUAUAUUUAACCGUAUUUCUGUAUGAAAUUAUAUGUAGUUUUUAUGUGAAUGAUUGAAUAAUGGAUUUUGAUUAUUAAAUUGUUUUAGGGAAUAAGACAAUAUUCGUAUCCUGUUCUCCUACAUACUUAAUUUUAAUGAUUUCUCUGCUACCUGCUUUUCCUAUCAUUUUCCUGGUUCCAAGCUGAAUACGAAAAAAUGAAAACCUUAUAUUUAAUGCAACUGAAUUUGUCUGACUCUCUGUCACAAUACUACCUUAUCUAAUCUUUCUGUC